CACGAGGAGCACCUGGUACCGGCUGAGUGGCCUGCAGCCGGGCAGCUUGUACCACGUGACGGUGAAGGCGGCCAACCACUACGGCAGCAGUCUGCAGUCCCGAAUGCUGAACUUCACCGCCGGCCUGGACGAAGUGUCGGCGCCUAGCCCCGGAGGGUCGGAGCUGGGCUCGGGCACGGUGCUGGCCGUGGCGCUGGUGUUGCUGCUGCUGGUGCUGGUGGCGCUGGUGUUGGCCGGCGUCUGGAUGGUGCGCCGGCAGCGGCAGAACGCCGGCUCCGUCGACAGACUGAGCUUCGCCAACCCGAGCUACCAGCGGGAGAGCAGGCCAGCGGCGGAGAACAACGGCACGGAUCACCUCGAAAUAACCACGAGCACCACGGCAAAUGGCGUCAUCGGCAACGCCCACGACGGCGUCCGCGACACUUCUACCUCAGACGGCUGGCGCCAGGCGGCGCUGCAGGCACCCGCUGCCAUCAGCCUAGAUCAGCUGCGGCACGGAAUCGGUGCAAGGUCGCGGGAGAAUGGCUUCCAACGGUUCGAAAACGAGCAAUGAGCAUCUCGCUAUCUGAUAAAGUGAACGGUGAUCAGUGAAUCAGUGACCAGUGAUCUGUAUGGAACAGCGAACACUGAUAAGUCUCGAAAAGUCAACGCGAGCGGUCUGGGAGUGUGAACAGUGAUCAGUGUGGGAAAAGGAAUGAUCAACAGGAUGGCGAAGUGAGAAGUGACAGCUGAUCAGCUGGUGGCCGUGUGAAAUGAGUGGUGGUCAUCCCCGCUAGGUGAACAGCUAUGGUCACAUGGCGCCUGCCAUUGUUGAUUCGCUUAUUCAGCCAUUUAAAACAAAAUGCACACUUAACUAUUCUGAGGCUAAGUAAAAUCGAUAAGGGUUACUGCAGUCGCAUCGUUGAUAUUAUGAAGAUCUGCCAUUAGCGCAAAUUUUGUGGCACUGGCGAAAACAGGUAUGUUCGUUCGCUGCUUUCGUUGGCUGCGGGCACUAUCCUUAUGGCCUCAUUCCAGGGUUGGGGUGUUGAACUGCGAAUGCGUCUGUUUGACAGGACGAAUGCAUCAGCUGGCGGAGUUGAUGCAGCGUUUGUACCGGCCGCCGGGGCUAGCGUUUGUAAGGUCCAUUGCUUACAGUGCAAUGCCCUUGCGUACGUUCCUAUUGCUUAGUAUAUAGCAUACAACUAUGAUGGCAGCAGUGUCUGAAAAUACCACCAGAUGUUAUGCUUGCAGACCACUGUCGACCUUGUUAGGCGUGCUAUGAGGAAGUAGUGGCUUGAGCUCCUUUUUUCUCGGUAUUAAGAGUUCAGGGCUUUAUGCUGACAGUCGAAUACUGUUAAUAUGCCAGGGGGCACUCAGCAAACGACGUUAUCAAGUGAACGCUGGUUAUGUUGUGGGGACAUACAGUGGUCGGACCUGACACUAUAACCAUUGUUUGAGCGACAACUUUGUUUAAAACCCACGUCACAGUAUGUUCGAGGUCGACAACUGUCUGCAUAAGAAUGUGGAGGUCAUAGCACUUUCCUGGGUCUUAUGAGCAGCUACCUGACUGCUCGCGUCAGAUGAGGAUGCAUUUGAUCACAAGAUGCUUCAGGGU